GGUUCAUAAGUGACAUUGCACUACCCAACGAGGUCUAUGAGAGGGAGUUGACGCUACAGCAGCUAUCCCUCGAGGCCUCCUCCACCCACGCCCUCAACCACACCCACGCCCGCCGCCCCGCCCUCACACCCGCCCUCACACCCGCCACCCCCCGCCCACACCGCCCACGCGACCCACGCCGACACCGAAGGAAAGAUGAAGCAGAGAGGAAGAAACGACGGCGGAUGCACAAGAAACACAAACGCAGGAAAGGGCGGAAAGGGAGAAAAGGGAGGAAAGGGAAGAAAGGGCGUGGGAAGAUGCGGAGAGAAGUGGAUGCCGCGGGGAAACGGGCGGUGAGGAGGUCUAGGGCGAGAGGAAACCUGGAGUACCGUCGACACAUCAGGGGCAGGGCUCGUAGGGCGGCAACAGCCAGGAAGGAGCGGGUGUGGGACUUCGGCGUGAUCCCUUACAUGAUCGACAGUAACUUCACGGGGGCGGACAAGGGGCUGUUCAAGCAGGCCAUGAGACACUGGGAAAACUUCACCUGUAUUCGCUUUGUAGAGAAGACUGACGAACAUCCUAACUACAUCAUCUUCACCGAGCGGGAGUGUGGGUGUUGCUCGUUCGUGGGCAAGCGUGGGAACGGCCCCCAGGCUCUGAGUAUUGGCAAAAACUGUGACAAGUUCGGCAUUGUUGUCCACGAGCUGGGUCACGUGGUGGGCUUUUGGCACGAACACACCAGGCCGGACCGUGAUAACCAUGUGGUGAUCAUACGAGAGAACAUACAGACUGGUCAAGACUACAACUUCAACAAGCUGACGUCAGAAGAGGUCAAUUCCCUGGGACUUCGUUAUGAUUUCAAUUCCAUCAUGCACUACGCCAGGGCUACCCACUACCAGGCGACCUACUUGGACAUCAGGCCCCGACCAGAACCCAACCAAGAGACUCUACCAGAAAUAGGACAGCGAAUCAGACUCUCAGAGGGUGACAUCUCCCAGACCAACCUACUUUAUAAGUGUCCAAAGUGUGGGAGAACCUACCAGGAGAACGCGGCCAUGUUCUCCUCUCCGUCAUACGUCAACUCUGCGCCGCCGCCCGGAGGAGAGAAGUGUGAGUGGCGGAUUACGGCGACGCAUGGUGAACGUAUCGUACUGAACGUCACCACAAUGGAUAUUUUCAAGAGUGACGGAUGCAAGACGGAUUACCUGGAGAUACGUGAUGGAUAUUGGCACAAGAGUCCAUCCCUUGGUCGGUUCUGUGGGGGUCUGAGGUUCCCUGAGACCAUUGUGUCUACUGGCAGCCGCAUGUUGGUCACCUACGUCACCUCCGUCAACCAAAAUGGCCACAAGGGCUUCACCGCUGCCUACGAGGCUGUGUGCGGGGGAGAACUGUCAAUGGAAGAAGGUCACUUAGAGAGUCCCAACUACCCAGAUGACUACCGGCCAAACAAGGAGUGUGUCUGGAAAAUCACAGUUCCUGAUGGGUAUCAAGUGGCUCUCAGAUUCCACUCAUUUGAAAUUGAAAAUCAUGAUGACUGUGUCUACGACUACUUGGAUAUCCGUGAUGGUCAUGAAGAAAACUCCACAUUAAUUGGUGUUUUUUGUGGCUAUAAAAAACCAGUGGAUAUCAAAUCAGCAUCAAAUAAGAUGAGAAUAAAGUUUGUGACAGAUGGUUCAGUACAGAAAGCUGGAUUUUCUGCCACAUUUUUGAAGGAAUAUGAUGAGUGUUCAAGUUUAGACCACGGAUGUGAACACAAUUGCAUAAAUCAGCUUGGAAGUUAUGAAUGUCGCUGUAAAAUAGGGUAUGAACUCCACUCGGAUGGGAAAAGGUGUGAGGAUGCAUGUGGUGGGAAGAUUGACCAACCAAAUGGAACAAUAACCAGCCCUUCUUUCCCCGACCUUUACCCUGUCAACAAGAACUGUAUAUGGGAAAUUAUUGCACCGCCCCAAUACCGAAUUACUCUAAACUUCACUCACUUCGACCUGGAGGGCAACAAUCAAGAUUGUGAGUACGACAGUGUUGACAUCCGUAGCAAACUGGGAGUGGCAGAAAUGAGAAAACACGGGGUGUUUUGUGGACAGCGCCUGCCGUCGGUCAUAACAUCAGAGGGCAACAGUCUUCGUAUAGAAUUUAAUUCGGAUAAUUCUGUACAGAAAAGUGGUUUUGCUGCCGUUUUCUUCACAGACAAAGAUGAGUGUGCUACUGACAAUGGUGGCUGCCAGCACGUCUGUAAGAAUACCAUUGGUUCUUACGUCUGUUCUUGUUCAAAUGGCUUCACUUUGCAUGAGAAUGGCCACGACUGCAAGGAAGGAGGAUGUAAACAUGAAAUAACUGCUCCAGUUGGAGAAAUCUUCAGUCCAAACUAUCCGGAUUAUUACCCUAGUCGAAAAGAUUGUGUGUGGCAGUUCACAACCACUCCAGGACAUAGAAUCAAAUUGGUAUUUGAUGAGUUUGAGAUGGAACCUCAUCAAGAGUGUACAUAUGAUCAUAUAGCACUGUAUGACGGCACUACCUCAGAAGCAGGCUUCCUUGGCCGGUACUGUGGGGCAAAAGUGCCACAUCCUAUAGUAGCCUUCAACAACCAAAUGUUUAUGGUAUUCAAGUCAGAUUCUUCUGUUCAACGGAAAGGAUUCCGAGCCAGACACACUACAGUGUGUGGUGGUGGUCUUAGAGCUACCAGCACUGUUAAGCACAUGUAUUCCCAUGCUAAGUAUGGUGAUCAAAACUAUGAUAAUAAAGAGGACUGUGACUGGAUCAUACAAGCAUCACCAGGAGAAAACGUCCACCUCACAUUCCUAACUUUUGAGCUUGAGGAUGAACAUGAUUGUGGAUAUGAUUAUGUUGAAGUGUUCUCAGGUUACAGCGACUCAGGACCUUCCUACGGGAAAUUCUGUGGAAAUACUAUUCCACAAGAAAUAGUGUCAAUUAAUGAUGCCCUCCUAGUGAGAUUUCGCUCAGAUGACACUAUAAACACAAAGGGAUUUUCCGCUGCCUACGUUGCAAUAGCAGAAGAAAGUUUGGCAGAAAAUAGCACUGGUGAUAAUAACAGUUUUAGCUACAGCUUCUCCAGAGGGUACUAGCAAAAUCUUCAUCUGCAACAUGAUCAAUAGUUAUGAGCCUUAACUUUGCUCUCCAUAUGUUUGCUUUCUUGUUCAAACUGCUGAAAAUGAGCUUAAUUGAAGUGCUGUAUAUGAGCUACAAUAAUUUUUUAAAAAUGCUUACAUUAAAUCCAGAUGAAGAGUAAAACAUUUUACUCUAUUUUGGGUUUACCUUCACUAAACUUUAUGAAGAGUUAUGGCCAUAAUAACAGGACAUGUUGCAGUAUACAAAUAGGUCAUCUUCUGUGUCUCAGUCUCUUAUUCUCCAGACCACUCCAUUCUUUCUUAAUGCGGUAAAUCUCGACAACGCCUUCUCAACUGUUGUCACCUCUCAGUUUGAUGUUUAUAGAAUGUAGAUAAGCAACAGUAGUUUAUUACUGUGUACAAUAUUAUGUUCUUGAUCAUGCCAAUACAGUAUAUGGCUGUGUCAGAUUUGUAGUCACAUAUGUUUUAAGUUUGGGUACAAGUACCUCAUCAUGAGUACUUACAGAGACGCUUCUUGUCACAUACCGUCUGUCAAACCUUGUUUAUUUAAUGGGGAUUAAAUAUGACUUUGCAUUAUUAACUUUGUAUUUGUUAAUUAUGCAAAAAUUUAACUUUUCUUAUAGCUAACAAAAAGUAAUUGCUAUUGGAAUGUCUAAAUACUAUAAUUAUUACUGUAGUGUACAGUAAAAAGUCAUAUUGAAGAGGUUUGACAAGUUAAGCUGAUUAUUAUAGUGGGGUAGAGUGAAUCUAAAAUAUGAAAUACACCUCACUUGUGUUCAGGCUUAGUCACAUCCCCAGUACCAAGUCAGUAAACUUACACUAAGAUUCAACUAGUAUAUAUAAUAUCUGAGCAAAUAAAUCAAUUGAUGAAUCCAUAUCUGGCAAAUGCGAGUACUUUUUUUUAUUAGUAAAUACUCCCAAAAAUAAUUUAAUAGUCAAAUUCAGGAAAUGCUGUAAAGUUGGAAAUAUAUUCAUGAAACAAUAAUACCAACAGAGCAUGGAAAUGUGCAAUGGCUGAUCUGAAAAUGUGUGUGUACGACCGACCCUGUUGAUGGCAGUAGUGUGUGCUGCUCACCAGUCAAAUGGACAGACACAUCACUGAUGAAUUUAUUCUCAUUUACACUAACCUGAUUACAUAUUAAUUGUAACUGUUGAUAAUAUGGUUUCAUGAGUAUAUUAAACUUAUCUCUUGCAAUUAUCUAGGUUUUUAUGUUAGUACUCUUUAUUAUUAUUAUUUAUUGCUUUAUUGACCUUACUGUCAUUGGCCAGUUAAAAGGACAUUGUUUUACCAAGCAUGACCUGACAACAUCAAAGUAUUCAGGGGGGUUAGAAAAAUAAGUUAUAAUCAAAAGCCUAGUGUAUCACCUUAUCAGCUAUAUAAAAGCAGCUUCUGAUUGGUGCCACCCAUAUAUGUGAUUUUCUGAUGAACAUUUAACAGAACACAUUCCUUUUUCAGUUUCUCUUUGAGUCUGCAAAAGGAUACAAAAAAAAAAUGGUUUGCAUAGAUGGCUGCCAUUACAAAAAGCUACAAAUAAUUAGCCUUUUCAUUGCCACAAACUUCUAGCAUAGAAUUAUCAAGAUUUAAAGAAGAAAAAAUCAAGCACAAAUGAAUUGCCAAAAUCUUUGCUAUGCCGAAAGAUUUCUCAUAUUUUAUACUUGCCAUAAUUCCAUAUUUUCCCUUGUAUCCCUUUAUUAUAAAUUUUGGUUGUCAACAUUCAUAAAAUCAAAGGUCCAUUAAAAUGAUGUGUAUAAAUAACUGCAAUGUGAAGAAUUUCUUAGAAAAACACAUUUAGCUGGUACUGAUUUACAUAUCACAGAUGUUGGUCUCUUCAAAACUAUGUCAUCCAGCCUUCAUUAUACAUGUAGGAACUAGUUGUGGAUUAAUUUCUGGUCGAAAAUUAUCAAAAUAUUUUGAUUACACAACAACUUAGAAGCAAAAUAGAGGUGAGGUUAUGGCUUUUUAGUUAUAUUAAAAUUUUAAAGUGGCAGCAAAACAAAACCCAAACUUUGUAUUGCACUUGGUCUACUUCAAAAGUUUAGCAGAGAACUAACUCUUCAUUGAAGGUUGAUCUUGUGUAUCAUAUAAGGUUCAGUCAGUGCCCACUUAACAUACUGAUGCAUUCCUGAAAACCUGUGUGUUAACUGGAUCUAUGUUAAGUGCACACUGAUAAUUUCCUUUAUUAUGACUGCUGUUCAUAGGAAAAUUGUUACACAAACUAUUUUCAUAUUCAUAGAAACCUCUGAAUGAAAAACAAAUUAACUCAAUAUAGUAAAGUAAUGAUAUUCUGCAACAGCAUUUCAAUUAGUAUACAGAAGACAGUGAAUAUCGACCUUACAGCUGCGGUGGCUCUAGCACAAACUCUGACUCUUGGUGUAUGAAAUAACAUCACGGUAGUGUGCCUGAGGUAUUGGCUAAUUUACGAAGCCUUGGAUUAUUGUAUUGUGCAUAAAAAAAUGUCUCGGUUAAUCUGAAAAUAGCAUUUGGACUUGAAAAUAAUUUAUAAACAAAACUGCCGUAGUGGGUCAUAAAGUAUUAGUAGACAGUUGCAUGUGUAGAACGUAGUAACACCAGACUGGGGAUUUUCCAUUAACAACAUUCCAACUAAAGUAACCAAGACUGAACAUAAGCUGUAGUCUGGCUGUACAGUGUGAAUAGAACAGUUGAUUUAUAAACAUGGUUUAGAUUAAUGUCUCUUCUGGUGGGUUUGUAUUGAACAGAAGUGACAAUUAAGACAAAAAAUACAAUGUAAAGGAAGGGAUAUUAGCAGGUAAACAAUACAAAACUAAGUAGUGAGGCUGUGCACAUACUCACCUGACAAACACAAAUGGUCAGGAUGAAGUACUGUAAAGAUUUAAAUCUAAUUACUAUAAAGUGUAUGUAGUGGGUUUGUACUGAAUAAAAAUAUUAAUUUCUAUGUUAUAAAAAUACUGUGCAACACUUGUUCAUAUUAACAUGUUGGAGGGCAUAUUAGCAUAUUUCAUAACAUGCUGACAUAUAUCCUAGUAUGUUUGCAAUGAACAAAUAUACUAUUUUUAUUGCAUAGACCAUUAUGUUUAUUUGCUGCAGGUGUACUGGAGGAGAUACUAACAUACAGUGUACAUGUGUUACCGUCCUCUACUUGCAUUAUAGUCAUCAAAGUCAAUUAGUUUACUGAGCUGUAUUCUUUAUUUUAAUUUUUAUAUAAACAUCACAGCUUUAAUGUGUUCAUUAAACACCACAAGCCCCUUAUUUUAUUCAAUGAAACUGUUAAUCAAACUAAUGACCUGAUUUUCAUCGCAUUAAAUCAUGUAAACAUGAGUGAGGUUGGUAACAGUGAAGGAAACAAGAUGGUGUUGGCCUCACUAUUACUUAACUUCACACAUAUAUCCUAUAUCACUCAAUACUGUAUGGUGAAAAUUAUGUCAUUUGUUUGGUCAGUAAUUUUUUAUAAUAGAAUUUAAGUACAUGGAAGGGAUCAGUGUACAUAUUAAAGCUUUGUUUUUCACAUAACAUUAAGAAUAUACCUCAGAUGGCAUACCAACACAUGCACUUACACACAGAAGCUAAACACAUCUCUUAUUUAAUCAAUGUUGUCAACACUUAGGUGCUCGUAGAUACUUCUAAAUCUCGGCCAAUUGCCCAUUCAGUCUUACUGCCCAAGGAAGAGUAUAAUAACAGCGUGCAGUGUUAAAAUACCUGGCAUCUUCAAAA